CUAAAAUGUAAAAUCUCCUGUAAAAAUAUUGAUUUAAUGAACAGGUUAAGUAUAAAAAUAAUUAAGAUCUACGUAUUAUAUUAAAGAUUGAAAUGAUUUUAAUAGUACUUGGAAAAACAAUCACAUUAUACAACAAUUUUUUAUAGUAAAUGGAAUGUCCAACUCAUAAUUGAAACCACAAUAUGCAAUAUGUAAUAUUUAGACAUAUAUAUGUAUAGAUACGAGGAACGUAAACAAUUACAAAACAAUGUCAACCGGUUUGAUGUACGGUGUAAGUGCUUUACAACUUGUAAUUUAAUUAUUAAAUCCCAUAAAGCCACAAUACCGAUAAAGAUAAAUCUGGCAAUUUUCAAAACCUUUUCAUUGAGUCACAUGCAUAACAUUAAAAUGAUACAAGCACGCUUUCACCAGUGUGAAUCUCGUGGUCAGUGUAUUGUCGACUUAACAGCUGUAAAUACACAAACGAUUUUAAAUCAAAAUCACCAUGUAAUUACCCAAAUGUUAAGAUUAUGUUAUUUGUAUGAGUUUAUCUUGAACGAUGUAAAAAUGGUGUUAUUAAUUCUAUAAUUGAAUAUUCGAGUAGUAAAGUAAAAUUUAUCGACAUGCGAUCAGUAAAGCGGAAUCUUAAUAAAAUUUAAUUAUUACCUUAAUCAAUUGUUAAGCGUGUGAAAACAGUGAUAAGAUUACAGGCGAGAUUGCUUAAUAUAAGAAUUAAGUCAGUCCUAGAAAUGGCAUCAACGUCGAAGGAGAACAUCAUGGACUCCCAGUCCACCAUACAGGAUUUGGAGAACAACGGUCAUACUAUUGAAAUCUCAGUGCCAUCCAGAAAUAGUUUGAUUUUAUCAGUUUCUAUUAAAAUUUUUGUGCUUGGUCUGCUUAGUUCGUAUUUCAUCUGGGCCUCCGUCUACUUCUUUGAUGACGAAGACAAGGAUUACAACUGGAGAGACGAACUAGGUCCUACAACAUGCUCUGGUUACGGUUUCCUUUUGAUCCUUUACAUUCUGAUCAUGUCCGGGGUCGUGUUCAACUACAUAAUCAGUCCGUUUCUGGUACCACCCUUCAACAAGUUCAUCUACCGCCCAAUCAUGGACACAAUAUUAAAAUUCAAGUACGCCGACCUGACCUUCUCGGCCAUCUUCUUCGCCGCCAUACUCGCCUAUCUGAUUUAUGACGCGUCCGGCAACUCGGAGAGGCUCAUACCAAUUGGGGGGUUGUUGGUUUUCAUCCUGAUGGGCUUCCUGAUGUCCAACAAGAAGAGGAAGGUGCACUGGCACACCGUACUGUGGGGUCUGAAGCUGCAGUUCAUCUUCGGACUGCUCACCAUCCGCUGGGAAGUGGGCAGGAACGUUUUCCAAUGCGUCGGCGAUAAAAUCACAGUCUUCCUCGACUAUUCCAAGGAGGGGGCGGCCUUCGUGUACGGGAACGACUUGGUUAUACCUAACGGGGGUAUUUUCGCCUUCAGUGCCAUCACCACCAUCUACUUCCUCGCCUUUUUCAUCAACAUCCUGUACUACUACGGAGUCAUGCAGAAGGUUGUGGGUGUUAUUGGGGAGGUGUUGCAGUUUUUUAUGGGCACGACCAUUUGCGAAAGUGUGAACUGCGCCGCCAAUAUAUUUUUGGGGCAGAGCGAGGCGCCGCUCCUGCUCAAACCCUAUUUGAAGGAUCUCACUGAUUCGGAACUGAACUCCAUUAUGACGUCGGGUUUUGCCACUGUCAGUGGUAGCGUUUUGGCGGCUUACAUAUCGUUUGGAGCUGAUCCUUCGGCCCUUGUUACGGCUAGUGUUAUGUCGGCGCCGGCCGCCUUGUGCUAUAGCAAAAUGGUGCUGCCUGAAACUGAAGAAGUUAAGGUCACGAAAGAUACCGUGGAAAUUGUUGAAAAUGAGUACGAGUCAGUUUUGGACGCAGCUAGUCAAGGCAUCACUCAAGCCUUCCAGUUAGUUUCCGGUAUUGUUAGCAGUUUGAUCGCCUUCAUUGCUUUCGUCGCCUUCAUCAACGGUGUUUUGGGCUGGAUGGGCAAUCUCACUGGUUACUUCGACGAGGACACCUGGAGUUUGGAGCUGAUAUUGGGCAAGAUCUUCAUCCCGAUCAGCUACAUAAUGGGCGUUCCUUGGGAUCACUGCGAGCAAGUGGGUCAACUAAUCGGGAUCAAGACCAUGGUCAACGAAUUCGUGGCCUACCAGAAAAUGCAAGCGAUGCAAUUGACGGGUCGGACCAAAUUGAUUGCGACGUAUGCUCUGUGCGGUUUCUCGAAUCCUGGCUCGAUUGGCAUUAUGAUUUCGACCAUGAGCGGACUUAUACCCAAUAAGAAACAAUCGGUUUUGAAUUUGGUUUUCAGGGCAUUUGUGUCCGGUGCUCUAGUCUGUUUUAUGACCGCCUGCAUUGCCAGUAUGUUGUAUCCUGAAGAUACUUUGCUUAGUUGAAUAGAAUUUUGUAAAUAUUUCAGUGAUUUUUUGUAAAUAAAUUAUUUUUUAGUAAAUAAA